AUGGACGACAGGACGGGCUUUCGUUCGCUCCCAACAGAGCUCCGCACACGGAUUCUCGAGCACACACACCUGGGGCCACCAGAGACCGGCGGCUAUCGUGUCGACGAACAAUACACAUACCGCGAGGCAGUGGAUGUAUUCUACUCCAACACCCGCUUUGACUUCUUCCAGGAUGACCUGGGAGCGACAUUAUCUUUCCUUCGAGACGUGAUCCCACGCGCAGGUCUAUCACGACUUCGGCAUCUCGAGUUCACCAUGACCGAAGCGCAGUGCGCGUGUUGGGCCAGCGGCGCCAUCGCCAGCGGCUUUCCGGCCGAGAUGCUCGAGAGAAAUGUCGCGCCAAUGUACUGGGGCGGUGGCUCACCGCCUACUUUUGAUUACAAGGCUGACUGGAGAGCGGUCCUGGCCUUUAUUGCGUCGUACGCGGACCUCCCUCGCCUCAACAUCACCGUGGAAAUGAGCCAGUGCUGUUGGCCAUUUGUCGAGUGCAGCCUACCCCGGCACGAGACUGUCGACCUGUCGAUGAUUCGAUUCAUUUAUGAUUUUUAUGUUGACGUGGCGACUGCAAUGUGCUCGCUGAAGGGACUGGGGUCGGCAACGUUUGAGCUCUCUACAUUCGGACAGCCGCUGAAGCCUUGGUUGGAACGAGAGGUGUUGGGAUAUAGCAAGGAACCAAUAUUCGAGACGGAUCAAGCAGAACCGUCUUGGGAAGAUGAUCUCUGGCACCCUCGCUUUUUCAAGGUUAUUCCACCUUGGCAUGAUAUGAGCCGAAAGCUGGAGGGAUCAAACUACCAGCCAGAUCAAUAA